AUGGAGGGGAGCAUGUCUAUGCAAUCUCUCCCUCAGAAGGAAGAUUCACAAGAUGAUGCCGGCGAGAGUAUCCGUGUCCACAUCCGCGUACGGCCGCCAACCGACCGGGAGAUUGCCGUCGGCACUGUCCAGGCUGUGUUCGUUGAGGGGAGCUCCGUGGUCGUCAAGUCGGAUCCACCAAGGAGCUUUGCUUUCGACGGCGUUUUAGGAGAGUCCUCUACACAGCAGGACGUUUUCGAGUCACUGGGCAGAAUGGUCGGCUCGAGCUGCUUGGCGGGCUACAACGGGAGCGUGUACGUCUAUGGACAGACAGGGGCCGGAAAGACGCACACCAUGUGUGGUCCGAUAACCUCUGUGCAAUCCAUGCAGUUUGAUGAGCGCCGUGGCAUCAUCUGCCGAAUGCUGGACUACGUCUUCUCUGAGGUUGCAAGAAGAGGGGCAGAAGAGACUGGGGUCGAACAUUCCUGCAGAUGCUCUUUCCUAGAGAUCUACAAGGAGCAGAUUACUGAUCUCCUGGAGCCAUCGAACACGAACUUGCAAGUGCGGGAGGACAUGAACCGAGGGGUGUAUGUUGAGAGGCUCAGUGAAGUCACCGUCGGAUCCCUGACAGAAGCUUUCCAGGCGCUCUGGCGAGGGUUGCAGCAGCGGCAGGUAGGCUCUACCCACAUGAACGAGCGCAGCUCAAGAUCGCAUGCAGUGUUUACGCUCUACGUGGAGGCAGCACGCACACGUGCAGGGGUCACCUCGACACGUGUGGCAAGUUUGAGCAUGGUGGACCUUGCGGGCUCCGAGCGCCAGCAGCAUAUGGGCGAGCCUGGAACAAGCAUGGUUCAGCCAUAUGAAUCCUUGCGAGUCAGGGAAGCAGGUGCCAUCAACAAGAGUCUCAGUGCGCUGACCAAUGUGAUCAUGUCGCUGUCCAGGGAAGAGAGGUCACGCAAGCGGAGUGGUGAUGGCCGGCGGAGCAACUAUGUUCAUUAUCGUGACAGCAAGCUGACAUUUCUUCUGCGCGACUCGUUGGGCGGCAACUCAAAGACAGUCAUCGUUGCAAACGUGUCGCCUUCUCAGCUGUGCCUGUCAGAGACACUGUCCACGUUGAAAUUCGCGGCUCGUGCAAAGCACAUUCGCUGCACAGUUGUUCGAAACGAAGCUUUUAGCGGUACAGUGGACAGCCUCAUGGAAGAGGUGCAUGUGCUCCGGAGCAAGUUGGCGCAGCUGAGUGGCCGCACCUUUGACUCGAGGACGCCCGCUCAGUCUCAUCAGCUUCUGUCGCCUGGGAGCAUCUCGGAAGGCGUCGAGGAGGAGCCGGAAGCCGAAGAUGUGGGCUUCCAGGAUGCCCAUGAAGAGGAUGAGCAGUCACACCUCAACGACAGGCAGCGGGUUGCACGCUUAGAGGUGCUGCUCUCGGCGGCGCUGGAGCGUGAAGCCUCCGCGGAGCAGCGACGGCACCGCCUGAAGCGCCUGGCAACCUUUCUGGAGGAUUUGGACUUUCGCAAGUGCCAUCGGCUACGCAAGCUUCAUGCUGAGUACGUCUCCCAGUUGGCACCCCAAGUAGAGGGCUCGGCCAUUGCGGAUGACCUGGAAGUCCGGGAGCUGUCAUCGAAGCUAAGAAGCUUUGGCGACCUUCUUGGGAACUUGACCCGAGGUGCUAGAUUGGAGGAUGGAGAUUAUGGCCCUGGAGACUCCGACGCGCAGUCCACGGAAGCCUCCUCUACGCCGAUGCACAACUUCGAGGAUUCUGCGAUCUCGGGCGAUGAGGCGGCUUUCAUUCGUCAAGAAAAUCGUAUGCUGAGGAGGCAGCUGGAAAACCAUCCAGAGGUGCAGCGCAUGAUCGCAGAGAACUGGGCCCUCCGUGAGGAGCUGGGAGCUUUAGAUCCCACAGGCUGGCCACGAGUUCUUGGGCAGCCAGUGUUGCCUGGAGAUGCCUCUCAAGGCUUGAGAGAUGGCGAGAAUGGCAGAGUUCUGCCAUCACCGCCUUCCAUUAGCUCGGAGGUUGUGGUCGCUGGAGCCGAAGCUGAUGAUGACAGUUCGAGCAAAACAUGGUUCUAUUUCCAGAAGAUGGCAAAGGAGGUUGAGGAACUCAUGCGGGCCAAGGAGAGCCUCUCACGUGCAAUUGAGCGGGCGCGGCAGAAAGAAGCUGGCCCAGAAGGUGAUGGCACAAGCCAGGUCGCCAGCGCAGUGCAGAGCUCGCCAAGCCAGCCUUCGAAGGACACUUCCAAUGCAGUUCCAGCCUCCUUGGUCGUGGAGUUAGACAUCGCUACGCAAGAAGCUCUCAAGCAGGCUCAGGGCCUUCUUCAGGGCCCUGGCUGUGCCCGGCUCCCGGCUGUCACGGCAGCCGGUGCUGCAGGACGGCGAGGUGCCAAGGAGGUAGAUGAAGGCCGCUCUCCAGAGAGAGGAGAGUUCUCUCUCCCGGAGCAGGUCCAUUCAUCCGAGAAUCAGGGCCGAUGUGCCCACUUGGACGAAAGGGAUGCCGUGGGGUCGGCGCCAUGCGACGACGAAGAGCGCUUCAAGCAGGCUGUACAGCGGAUCAAGAAGCUGCAGGGCACCGUGGACCUGAUCAGUGCCGCUUAUGGCGACGCGUUUGACGAGUUCCAGCGCUUGCGAGAGGAGUACGAAAGUCGGCUGGAGGAGUGCCAAUUCUUUGAGCUCCAAUGCAGUCGUCUGAAUCUCACAUGCCUGGAUCUAGCUGAAAGGCUGAGUGGUGGCAAGAGCGCUAUGCGCCCACGCCCCGGUUUCAGUACCACGGGCCUCUGGCAUUCGCAAACCGCAGUGGAAAGGCAGAAGCGAAGCUUCUCCAUGUCGUCCUUGCGAGAUGCGACAUUCUGGCAGCAGCGCUUUGAGGAAUUGAGAGAGCUGACUGGAGCAGACCCUCUGCCGGAAGACCUGAGCGUCACGACGGAGACGCCUGCCCGGCUUACCGGGUCUUCUGCUGGAUCCACUCCGUGGAUGCUGGGCGACAUCGACUCUGGCCGCUCCAUGAUUUCUUCUGAGGUCUUUGAAGGCUCUGUGCCAGAGCGGCGUGUACAGUCCAGCUCGUUGUCUGCGCUGCGGAGCGAGAGCAGGCCGCAGCUGCAAUGCGCAGGACAAUCACCGGCAGAUGACUUGCUGCGGCGCGUGUGCUCGGCCCCGGUGUUGGCAGGUGCCGAUGCCCAAGACCAGCUGGGCUACUCCCACCAGUGCAAGGCUCAGGUGGCUCAGGUGGCUCAGGUACAGGCAGUACAAAAGCACCUGCACUUUGCCAUCGUUGCAUCUGUGCCAAUACCUGAGUCUGCAGGUGUGGCUGCGUACUCGCCGGUCCUCAUCCCAGAGUCGCACAGUGCAUCGGUGAGCCGGCAAGUUGAAUUCAGAGAAGCCCAGGCAGUGUCACCUUCACUGGGGCAGAGUCUGCCUCCGCCACAGCCACCGCCCCGACCCAAGUGGAGACGAGACCACAGCGAGCGCCGUGGCAACAUUCUUGAAGUCUGUGACAUCGGACAGAAGGGUGCCCUCAUCGCGCACAGCGGCAAGCUGCGAGCGCGCCAGACCGCCGAAGCUGUCGCAGCAGCUUUACUGGCGGACGGUUGGGAGGCCAUUUGCGAAGAAAGGCCUGGCCUGAGCCCGAAUGACGAACCGGCGGCAGCCUUGGAGCUUGUCGAAGAGGGUUCUUCGAAGGUGCUCGUUGGCCAUCUCCCGCACAUGGGAAAGCUAGCUGCGGCGAUGGUCAAAUCGCCAGCAGCUGCCGGGAGACUGGGUGGGCUCUUUCAUCCCGCCGGUGGGGUAGCGCUGCGCCGUGACGGUGCGGAUUGGGUCGAGGCCGCCGAAGUCAUUUGCGGCGAGUCGUGGUGGGCCAAGGAGUAG